AUGAUGUUGGAAAAUUUUGAUAUGCCAGCUGUGGAAAACAUUGCAAACUUGUGGUUUCAACAGGAUGGAGCCACAGCACAUACUGCAGGUGCCUCAAUGGUUUUGGUAAGGGACGUAUUCCGCGAAGUAAGGGAAGUAUUCGGUUCCUGGGCUAUGAAAAAUGGGCUUUGUUUAAAUCCACAAAAAUCAAAAUGCCUGCUAAUCCAUAAUAAAACAUUGAAGCCAAACAUUGAAAAUGACAUAAGAAUCAAUAACGAAAAAAUUGCGAUUGUUCAAUCAGCUAAAAACCUUGGACUAGUAUUUAAUAAUAAUCUCUCCUGGUCUAAUCACAUCCAAUCACUUGUUUCCCAAACGUAUUUAAAGCUAAGAACACUUUGGAUAACUCAAUUCUAUACACCGUUAAGAAUAAGAAUUCUAAUUGCAAAGACAUACCUGAUUCCAGGACUUAUAUAUGGGUGUGAACUAUUUGCAAACUGUGAUUCUAACUUACUUAAAAUAAGAGUUCUCAUAUUUUUGCAUAAAAUCAUAUACACUCAACAACCUGAAUAUCUUUUCCGUCUUCUACGAUUUGGAAGGUCACCCAGGGGAAAGAAUAUUAUCAUACCCCAUCAUCGUAAGCUAGUGUCCGAAUGGCAGUUCCUUAUAAAUGCUACUCGUCUUUGGAAUACUCUUCCACAUGUCCAACAAAUAAACAGCAACGCGAUGCAUUUUAGGAAGUUUUUAUAG